GACUCGCUGCUCCGCUGCUCUGACUGGAGUGGAGGCUGGACUUCACAUGUUAGUCUGUAAAUAACGAAGGAUUUAGUUUCCCAAGAUGCCUAUGAAGGGAAGGUUUCCUAUCAGGAGGACGCUGGAGUAUCUACAGAAGGGCGACAUCAUCUUUAAAAACAGAGUGAAGAUCAUGACGGUGAAUUACAACACUCACGGAGAGCUGGGCGAAGGAGCAAGGAAGUUUGUGUUCUUCAAUAUUCCUCAGAUCCAGUACAAAAACCCCUGGGUCCAAAUAAUGAUGUUCAAAAAUAUGACACCAUCACCGUUUCUGAAGUUCUACCUGGAUGAUGGUGAACAAGUGCUGGUGGAUGUGGAGGGCAAGGAGCACAGAGAAAUCGCAAAACAUGUUAACAAGAUUUUGGGCAAAUCAGAAGAACAGUUACAAGAUGAGGCUCAAGCCAAGAUGCAGGCGUCCAACCCUGCCAACUUUGGGCCAAAGAAGUACUGUCUGAGGGAGUGCAUCUGCGAGGUGGACGGUCAGGUGCCGUGUCCUGGCACCACGCCGCUGCCCAAGGAAAUGACGGGCAAAUAUCGAGCCCAGAUGGCGGCAUCGCAGGAAUAAGAGCAGAUUGUUGAGCACGAAGUGGACAAUAUUGUAUUAUUUUUAUUAUAUUACUGGACAAACACAUUGCAUAUUUAACUGUAAAUAUGCACAGGUAAAUUGUACUUACUAUUGUCUGUGCAUUGAAGAUUGGCAGGGCAUGGACUGACUCCCUCCU